GAAAUCUGUGUCAGGGUUCUCUGGAGAGACAGGACUCUAUAUGAAGAGUAUAUAUGAAGAGUUUAUUGGGAGUAUUGACUCACGUGAUCACAAGGUGAAGUCCCACAAUAAGCCUUGUGCAAGGUGAGGAGCAAGGAAGCCAGUCUGAGUCCCAAAACAAAAGUAGAGAGGCUGACAGUGCAGCCUUCAUCCUGUGGCCAAAGGCUGCAGAGCCCCUGGCAAGCCACUGGUGUAGGUCCGAGAGUCCAAAAGCUGAAGAACCUGGAGGCCGACGUGCGAGGGCAGAAAGGAUCCAGCAUGGGAGAAAGAUGGAGGCCAGAUUCAGCCAGUCUAGUCUUCCACGUUCCUCUGCCUGCUUGUAUCCUGGCUGUGCUGGCAGCCGAUUAGGUGGUGCCCACCUGGAUUGAGGGUGGGUCUGCCUCUCCCAGCCCACUGACUCAAAUGGGAAUCUUCUCUGGCAACACCCUCGCGGACACACCCAGUGACAAUACUUUGCAUCCUUCAAUCUAGUCAAGCUGACACUCAGCAUUCACCAUCACACUUGGGAAGCAUGGAACCCAGAAACAAGUGCCAGGGCUCCAGUGCCAGUGCCUGUCGUGGGAAGAUACCCAAGAGAAGACAUGACCAGGACCUUGGGGGAGCAUGAAAUGGUGAGGGCACAGUGAGCUUGAAGGCUGAUGUCACCUGCCAGGAGAGUGGCUGGCAGUCCUGCCUGGUGCCCCCAAGGGGCAGAGCUGGCAGAGAGGGCCCUCCAAUCGAAGGCCAGGAGUCGUGGAGCUCCAGUGCCUUGGUGUGGCUGGCCUUCUUGCCCCCCUCCCAGAGGACCCCGCCAGUAACAGCCCUGCUGGUGGAACCUUCCCCAAUGGGCAUGAAAGAAAUGAGGGCCCCACAAGCCAUAUGGACUCUGAUGCCUGGAGCCAAGAAUACCCCUUAGGGUGGUAGAAACCGCCCCCGGGGCACUGUGCAGUGUGGCUGGCUCUCCAGCAUCAGGAGUACCGGGGACUGCCUGGGGGACGACUCCUAGGGCUGGGCGCCCGUGGGCCCUCCCCUGCUCCCACUGAGGCCCACGCAAGCCGGGCCUGAAGGGCGCGAGCGGCAUGGGUGGGGAGCUUGAGGGGGCGUUGGGCUCCCACCAAGCGCCAGAUCCUUGCGCGCCUCCAGCGCUCGCCUGGGCGGCUGGUUCCUUUGGCAUGCGGAGGUGCGACGGCUCCUCCGCGCGCGCCCCCGCCCGCUGCGCCCGCCCGCUGCACCCGCCCGCUGCACCCCCAGCCCGCCCGCCGCCCCUCCCGGCCCUCUGCAGCCUCGGCCCGCCCUCGCCGCAGAUAUAAGGCGGCCCGGGCGGUGGCUGCUCCGAACCCCGACGCCGCCGCCCACCAGUCAGCCGGCGUCCCCAUGGCCCGGUCCGCGACACUGGCGGCCGCCGCCCUGGCGCUGUGCCUGCUGCUGGCGCCGCCUGGCCUCGCGUGGUACAAGCCGGCGGCGGGGCACAGCUCCUACUCGGUGGGCCGCGCCGCGGGGCUGCUGUCCGGCUUCCGCAGGUCCCCGUACGCGCGGCGCUCCCAGCCCUACAGAGGGGCGGAACCCCCGGGCGGGGCCGGCGCCUCCCCGGAGCUGCAACUGCACCCCAGGCUGCGGAGCCUCGCUGUGUGCGUCCAGGACGUCGCCCCAAACCUGCAGAGGUGCGAGCGGCUCCCCGACGGCCGCGGGACCUACCAGUGCAAGGCGGACGUCUUCCUGUCCCUGCGCGCAGCCGACUGCCUCGCCGCCUGAGCCCGGACCUCUCCUGGCACCGCUGGGGGCCCCCCGCCCCCACCGUCCCACUCGGUGACCCCAGGCCCCUCCGGCGCGGGAUGGCGCCCCAGGUCUCCCCUACUCCGAUCACCCCGCAGUUAAUGGCAAACGAAUAAAUAAAUGAGGCGGCCUCGGAGUGAGGGGUGCUGGAGGACUGGCAGCCAGGCCACGAGGGGAACGGGACCUGGAAAUCCCCAAGCCUGGGUAUGAGAAGGCAGCCGAGUGUGCGGCGGCAGGGCAAGGUUGGCCUGGGCCGCCCAGAGGUCUUCAGACCCAGGGGCGAAGCUGGCCACGACCCAGCCCUGCGGUGAAGCCGCGCCUAGCCUUGGUGCUCCCUAGGGGAAGUGCAGGGCCACCGCUGGCCCGGUUGCCAGUGUCCUCCCCCAGCCCUUCGCUCCCCAACUCGAGAGCCAAAUCUGUGAGGGCAUGGGCUGGAGCCCCUGGCUGCCUUCCUCUUACCCCCAUCCCUUCUGGCCAGGCCAAGUCCAAGGGUGCAGGGGCAAGGAGGAGAGCUGGGGGCCUGAGCCCUGGCUCCAGAGGCCCAGAGCAUGCCUCCCCAGAGCUGAGGGUGGGAGAUGGGUAGGUUCUCCCUCUGCUGUUGGGUGUGACUCCGGAACUGGCUUGGGCUCUGGCCUCCAAUGCUGCUAAGGGGCCAGGCCCACCUCCGGGCCCAGGCAGCAGCACUGCAGGGCCUUUCCACCCUCCCCAAGCCUGGGGCCCAGGCAGCCCCUGUCCGGCACCAAUCUGUCUAUGGGGAACUGCUGGUCCCUCUGCUCAGGGGACCCCGCAGUCCAGGGUUCUGAGUGGGAGCAUUGGCACCACCCCACUCCUGAAAGUGGAGGCCUGGCAGGACAAGGGUGGCCUGUGCCCCUCACACCUUGGCCCCUGGCUCGGAGAGCAGGGUGAGAGGCUGCCUUCCUGGGCUGUGGAGAGCCUCGUGUGCACCUCGCCUCCAGCUCCUGUGCUGGGUCGUGAGGUCGACCUCACAACAGCAGAGGACAGGCCCAUGGGGUGCCACAUGGGCCAGGUGCUGUAGGGCAGAGGCCAUUCUGGAGAGGAAUG